UUGAAUGCCUGUCAUUCACCAGAACAAAUUUGCAGGUGAUCAGUCUGUCUAAAAGAAAAAAUCUAAACACACAAUAUAAAAUUCCUGCAGUGUGAAUAAAGCCUUUGUGUUGCUUUUAGCAAACAUGUCUAGUACUCUCGGUUCAAUGUACACAAUUUACCCCAUUUAAAUGCAUUUUGGAAAUUGUUCCACAUGGCCUUAAAGUGUGAAUAUUCACUGUACGCCAAAUAAGUAAUCAAAGAAUGGAAUGGAUUUUUUUCUUCUCUAAUGGACCAUUAAUCACAAUUAUAAAAGAUGAUGCAUCUGGUACAAAGUAUCAGGGUUUUUCCCCCUCUUUUCCCCACAAUAGUUGCAUGAUUUAUGCUACACCCUUUCCACCGUGUGUGUGUGUGUGUGUGUGUGUGUGUGUGUGUGUGCGCGCGCUACAAAUCACUUUGAGGUAAAAAUAUUUUAAGGCAGCCACUUUCACCUUCCUACAACAAUUGGUGACUGGUCUGAGGUGAAGCUUCUUGUCAUGUUACUGUGGUCAUGGAUCACAUUGUGGGGAUCUCUGUAAUGUAACCGUUUCUGUAAUUAUCCUUACUUGCCUUUGCGCUUUUGUGCUUCUGUGUCUUCUGUUGGUGCUUUAUUCUGCUUUUUAGGGCCCGAGCACCGCUGCUGCAAAGCCCUAUUGCAUCUGCUGUUUAUUAUUGGGGCAGAGCACCGAAGGUGCAGCGCUUCCGGUGACCACCGGAGGGCGCAUGCACCGGAGGUGCAGGGCCCUAUUGAUUUUCUGGUGUUUAUUGUUUAUUUCAUGCAUUCUUGUCGUUUUUAAGGACCUAAACAUGGCUGAAAACUCCCAAAACUCGGUAGACGCGCCAGCACCAGUGAAAAUGUAACUUACAUUGGGCAUGGGCAUGGUCGAGGAGCUCCUUAGCACCCCUGAAUGCAGACAAAGUUAGAUUCAGCUUCGGACACAAGUUCCAGGUACUGAUCGAGAAGGAGUGGAUCAGCUUCGGACACAAGCUGGCCUCGCGUGUCGGCCUUGGAGAUGAGAAUCACGCCAACUCGGAACGAUCCCCUCUCUUUGUGCAGUUCAUCGACUGUGUGUGGCAGAUGAUGAGACAGGUCAGCUACUGAUGCUUUACACCACAACACUGUUGAAUUCUCCAAUCUGAUUGGUCAGAAGGCGUUGGAGACAUUUCUGUAACAGCAAGAUUCUGAUUCCAGCUGCAAGGGAAAUUACAGCUUUAUAGUGAUGUGCUCGUUCCUAUAGUAACAGCUCAUUCACAGGGUGUAGUAUGGCGUACGCAAUACAUAUUCUAAGCUUAAUCGUAAACAUAUUAUAAACAUGUCACUUAAAGAAAAAGACGUAUGAUCAUUGUGAUCUAGUUAAGAUUUAUAAGUUAUCUAUUUAUGGAAGUUUUAUGGAAGUAGUCUCCAGUGUCACGGCAGAGAGGACAUUGCACUUUCCAGUUUCUCAGUAACAUUGCAAGUCUUAUUAAUUUCAAAAGUUAGGGGGAAAAAAGAGAGGCUUGUGAGGGAACUAUUGUUUUAUUUUAAUGUUAUAAAGUAAGAGAUCAUAAUGAGAACUAACUCUCUUUUCCAGGACAUUCCAAAUUGUUCUUUGGCUAUGCCCCAUGUUUGUGCAAUGCCUCAGACCGGUUUUUCCUCUUUUCGCAGCUUCAAAAUGGCUUGCUUUUCUCCCAUAGACAGGUCUCUGGUCUUCAUGUCGGUUUAUUCUUUUUAACAACAAAUGCUGUCUCCACAGGUGAAACCCAGGGCUCAAACCAAGAGAAGACAUUCAGAGCUAUUCAUUCUUUAAAGUCCAUUUAACGAGUUUCCUUCUGCUUCUGAGUUCAAAGAGCUUUUUCUCAUCCCCAUCCUGGAUCGCCCCUACAGCUGCCUGUUUGGUACAUUCCUCUACAGCAGUGAGCAGGAGAGAAUGGAAAAGGAAGUACAGGGUAAAACGGUCACUGUGGUCCUACGUUAACAGUCAGCCGGAGGACUUCACUAACCCGUUCUAUGUGGACUGUAAAAACCAGGUGCUGUAUCCACUGGCCAGUCUCACACAUCUGGAGCUCUGGGUGGGUUAUUAUGUGCGUUGGAACCCACGCAUGAGACCUCAGAUGCCGCUCCAUCAGAAUUUGAGAGUUAUUGUUUUUGCGUGAAGAACGUGGAGGAGCUCCAGAGAGAGGCCACGUCAUCCUGCUCCAUCUCCUCAUCCUCAGAGCAUACUUCUCCCUCCUCACAUAGUGGAGGCGGUUCAGCUGGACGGAGAGAUCCUGCAUGCGCUGUGAAGCGAGUGUGUUCUGUGGCGUAUCGGCACCUGGACAAGCACAAGAUCGAGCCGGUGCUCUACAUGAUGGAGUGGUUCAUGUGCGCCUUCUCCAGAACUCUGCCCUGGGCCUCGGUCCUCAGAGUGUGGGACAUGUUCCUGUGUGACGGAGUGAAAAUGAUAUUCUGUGUGGGUUUGGUGGUGUUGACGUCCAUGCUGGGUACUCGGGAUAAGCUCAAGGCCUGUCCGGGUCAUUAUGAGACCAUGGAGGUCCUCAGAGCGAUUGAGCCUAGAUACAUGCAGGAGGGCUUCUUCGUGCUCCAGGUUCUGGAGUUGCAGGUAUCGGCACAGGACGUGGAACGUGAGCAACGCACGCAGCUGAAGCGCUGGAAGAAGAAGCGCGGCGAGCCCGGCCCCAAACUCCCUCAGAGAAUGCACAGUGCUCGCACCAUCAUGGCCACCGAGCCUCAUACACACCAAGACCUCCGCCAGAAACCCACCAUUAUGGUCCAGUACCCAUCGGUCCCUGAGGAGAAGUCCGAGCCGAACCUCAGGAAGAAGAGAGGGAGCCUGAAGAAAAACCAAGCCCUCAUUCCGAACCCCUACGCGCUACCUGGUGAGUCUAAACCUAGUCAGAUAUUGGACAUACAGCUUCUGAACCAGGAAAAUCUCAAUCCUGUACUUCCAAAUCCACCAUCGCAUCCACCACGGCUCCCUACAAUGCAGGAAAAUCAGGUCAAAGAGACGAGCACUUCUACAGAGCGACUCGUGCAGCGUCCUCGAAUUCCUCCAUCGAUAAGAAACCGGGGGAAUCUAUCCCUCUGCAACAUCUAUCCCUCCUAACUGCUCCUGUACACGGAUCACCUUCAGCGUAGCGUCCUCACCUGCUGAAAUGUGCUCCUGUCCAAUCCGGACAACCUGACCAUGAUGAGCUCCCUAAUAAUACAGAAAACUCAGCCACCAUUUUGGAUCCAUCUACACACUCAAGCCCUCUGCUAACGCACAACGCACCUGCCACCCACGACUCGCCUGCUGCUCCCGAGUACAAAAAGAACACUCAUUGAUUUUUUUUUUUUUGUUGUGCGUGUUAAACAGUGUGAUACGUUGAGGAAUUGAUUAUUGGCACACGUCUACUGAAUAGCAAGGAUCGUUAAGUCUUUAACGUGUGUAAACUAUACUUGUUAUAAACUAUACGUGUUAUAGUUUACACCGGAGGAACUGCAAACAAUCUGAGAGAGGACCACACUUGGUCCAAAAAUGUACACACACUCCACAAAAACUCUGCAGUGCCUGAGGAGUGUUUACUCGCUCCAGUCUUCAGAAGGGAAACUACCUACAGAUUCACUUUUGAAAGACUUUCACAGGCAUCACAAACAUUUGUUUAUAUUACACUCGUAUCAAUUUGGCAGGUUUUUUUCUUCUUAAUCCGAAGCAACCACCACUUCUUUGUGUUUGUAUUUCACAAAUUUCCUUACCACAUCUUACAAGAGCUGCACGACAAUCACAACAAUCCUGUACAAUAGGCACAGCCUUUUCAUUAACAUAAUCAGUGAAAUAUCUACUGUCUGUAUACUUUACACGCAAACAAAACAACUCAAGCUGAGAACUUUAUUGCUGAUUCACUUUAUACCACACCGCCUUCUAAUAUAGAUCUGAUCUAUAUUAUAUAUACGUGUACCUUAGAUAACGUCUCUCUGAACGCCAUGGUGGGACGUUCCCGAGCUGAAGUACUGUACAAGUCCUAAGCAUUAGAUCACCCCAAUUACUCUUGUAUACUCUUUCCAUACGAUCGUGAUCUUUGCCUGACGAAGCCAUACACAAAUCAUAAUUGACAUUUGGGGCCUAAUUCUAAAAUCACCACAUACCAAAUGCACAACCGUUUUGUCUUGCUGCCAUCACAAAAUAAUAAUGUUUAAACCUUAAGUAACAGAGUCAUGGAGGGUGUAUAUAUUUUUCCACACUACAUGAAGUUUGGGGAUCCUUAUAGACUGUGGAACAGAAAUGUACUCAGUGUGUCUCCGCCGUUUUAUUUCAUAUUGGAGUACAACCAUUUUUCUUUUUUACCAUUAAGGAUGAAACACUUGUUUCUUUUAAAACACCGUCUUUAAAUGUUUUUCUACCUCCUAACUAAACCCUCGGACUUAAGACACGAUCUUUGGAGCUGUUGACGCCCUGCUCAGGGUUAAACAACAACGUCUUUACAUUACCUUCAUUAAUAAUUUGUCAAUCUAUCCUCUUGGUUUUUUUUUUUUUUUUUUGUAGCAAAAGUCAGGUCCUCUCUCAUUUCAACAGGUCCUCUUGUUGGUGAAUACACAGCAAUCUUCUAAGGGUAUUAGGAUUUCUCAGAGCAGACAUUGUAACAGAUAGUUGCAGAGUUUCUUCUGUGUUUUAACCACAACGUCUUAACCACUAUUUUAACACUGAGACACACGACUCCCUUUAAUUCGUUAACAAACACAUUUGUAAGAAUUCUGGUCAGCAAAACCCCCAAAAGAACACCUGUGUGUCUCUCUCACACACACACACACCCCCGCACACCCACAUGGUCACCAGAGGUCAUAAAUGUACUGCUGGGACAUGGGAUGUUGAAGCAUAGACGAAAGCUUAUGUAUUUAGCGACAGUUCUGUGUAAGUAUCCUCGUUGGUGAACCAUUUUCUGAAAUCUUGUUUAUAGUUUAAACAAAAUGCACGACUCUUUUAAAACACCGUCUUUAAAAAAGGUUUUUCACCCUUAAAAUAACCUGGUUAGAAGGUAGGAUAUGUAAUACAUAUUUUCAUUUUCUUCAGGCAUAUUGUCACUUCAGUCUCCACAACAAAUAACACCGAUGGUUUUGAGCUUUCUUUCAGUAAAAGAGAACAACGACAUCAUACAGCCUUGAAGGACUGUAGAAAUUUUUAUUUUACAUCCUAAAGGGUUAGGUUUAGAAGGCAUGUAAUACGCGCGUUUCUUAUAAAACACCGUCUUUAAAACGUUUACCUCCUAAAGGGACCUAUUUAGAAGGUAUGUAAAAACUUUUUUUUUUUUUUUUAACAUUUCUUCGGGUAUAUCAAUGUUUUAGAGUAUUUAUUUCAGUAAAUUUUUAUUCAAAGUCAUGCCAAUUUCUCAAAAAGUGCAAUCAAUAAAGUUUAAUUUAUUUCACAAGCUUACAUUCUGCUCAUUUAUGUUCACAUUCAACCAUUGUGUAUUUUCUAACAGCGGAGCUAUACAAAACAAACCCCCACAAUCUAAAUUUAAUGUGGGGUUGCAAGAUAAAAAUUCUAAUUUAUUGA